AACCACAAAUUGUCGAACACAAAUAGUUCCAUUCGUCUUCCCGAGGAAGACCCUCUCGACUGCUACUGAGCAUCAACUCAGAAGGAAUAACCAUCCGUCUUCCCGAGCAAGACCCUCUCCUCACAUUCCCCCUUCCUUAAAUCCCCAUCUCCUCCCGCUUUCAGGGAUUCCUCCGACUCGCUCUGACAGUCUCACUCUACCUCCUGAGCUGCAAAAGGAAUUCCACCUACUCACUCUGCCCUCUUGAGCUGCAAAGAAGUAGCUUGAUACAUGAGAACAGCCACCAAGAGAUCAAUGACAUAAAAUCAACCAUGGUGAGCUUAAGAAAGCGCAAACGCAUGAGACUGUUCUCCGGGGAAAGUAAUGCUUUAGUUCCACUUCCCAGUUUUUGGGACAAAGAAAUUUCUCAUCAAGAUCCAAACCGCAUGCCUUCAAAUGAUGUCAUUCAGCCAGAGAGGAUGAAAGAAACCAAGAAACCGAGGAUAAAGACUUUUGCUAAGAAAAGCCCAACAAAAAAGAAGAAGGAUUAUCUGCAAUAUAGAUGCAACAUGAUGGGCUUUGCAGAUGCCAUGCAAUUGUACAAGCCUACGAUUCAACAACGUCAAGACAUCUGCGACGAGUUAGCCAAGACACCGUUUUGGAGUCUACUAAAAGUGUACAUGGAUGACAUAUUGAUCGCCACGGAUAGAAAGAAGAAGUCCGGUAUGGACUUAAUAAAGAUCAUGCAAUGCUACAACUCAAAGGAGCAAAAAUUCAAGUUUGGAGAUAAUGAAGCAAAGGGAAUAACAAACGAUGAUGUUGUUCAGAUAUUUGGUCUGAACAACAGAGGAGUGGAGCUUCCAAACACAGACAAGUCCACGAAACAUGGAAAAGAGGACCCCUUCGUUGACAAAUAUUUUAAGCAUGCAAAAGUUGUCAAAAGGAAGCAACUAAUAGAAGCCUAUGAAAAAUCACUCCUGGACCAAUCUCCUCAAGGUGCAAAAGAUACUACUUCCAUAAUCUGUGCUCAUCUCAUCCAAUCACUUCUUUUUGCUAAUUCUGGCACGUAUAUUACCUGGAGUUUCUUAAAGAUAUGUGGGGAGUUGGAUGAGAUCAGUAAAUAUAACUGGGCGAAAGGAGUGAAAGAUUACCUCCUCAAGAUGAUAAACAAAGCACAGAAGAAGAAAAAAGAUAGAGGAGAAGAACCAACAAUUAGCGGCUGCACCGUCUUUGUUUUGUAUUGGAUAUGUCUUCAUACAAAUGUGGUUAAGACAGUCAAAGGACGAGAAAACAUGAUUCCGGCAAUUGCAAGAUGGGAUACAAGUAUGAUACACAAAGCAAUCAAAGAUGUCCCAGUUGAACAAAUCAAGGUAAUGACCAAUAAUCAAAUUGAUGGUGUCAUUCCUUGUGCUCAACCACAAGAAGAAUCUUCGAAGAAAAAACAAGAAAAAACAAGAACAAAGAAAAGAAAGCAAAGUGAUGUCAUUCCUUAUGCUCAACCUGAAGAUGAUAAAUUGGAUGAUCAUUCCCACCAAAAAGAGGAAGCAAACAAAGAUGAGAUGGCAGAGGUUGAUAAAAAUUUGAAGAAGAAAAAGAACAAACAGAAAAGGAAGCAAAAUGAUGAAGAACAUGAAAGCAUCAAUAUAAAUGAAGCUCAAGCACAGUUCGAUCAACUGUGCAAAGAGGAAAUGAGCAAACUCGAUGCCAUUCAUCAGAGAUACAUCGUUGGCAUGGAUAGAACUUUAAGUGUAGAUCUUUUCAAUGAGUUCAAGAGUGCUAGGAGCAUUGAUCAGAAAAGGUACCUAACCUUCAAGACGAUGAUGGCAUACGCACUUGACUCUUCCAACAAAGAGUGCGUAGCACUCAGGGAAUCAAAUAAAAUGCUAAACCAUGAAAUGAAAAAGAUUCUACGACAAGAGGAGCUUGACAAGAAGAAAGUGAAUGCACUAAAUGCUGAUUUAUUAUCAUUGCAGACAAAGAACAGUGCAGCUUCUCUAAAAAAUCAAUGAACAGCUAAAUGAGAUUGGAGCUUUAAAGAAGAAGUUGGAAGAAAAGGAAGCAAAAAUGCCAGGUUUGAAUGCUUCUGUACACGAACUUCAGGAAGAGUGCAAUCAAACCGCUAGUAAUUCCAAAGUUCAAUCUCCAUUGGGUGAUGAAAUUAUCAAAAAGGCCAACUUUCCAAUUCCUCAUAGCUUAUCAGACGAAAUCGCGGAGCUUGAGGCGUCUGAGGGAGCCGAAUCAAGCGCCGACUCUAAGGAAAUACCUAAAGCGAUUUCUCCGGUCAACUCUAAAGCUGCUUCCGAGGAUAUGUCUGCCGAGGGCAAGGUUAAGGUUGUUGAUAUUACAAACGCCUCCGAAACUUAGACAUGGUUUUUACUUUUCAGUGUUUUUAGACGAUGUCUGCCAAAAGACGCUAGGCAUUAGUCGGACGGCGGAUUGAGGCCUAGCUCCUAAGCGAACUAGGAGGAUUUAAGUAGAUCUUUUAUAUUUCGUGUAAAUAAGUGUCUAUUUAUACUUAAAAUAUAUAUAAUUUCAUUAUAAACUACAA